UUCACCAAUUUAAAUGUUCAAAUUCAUUACUUUCUUCUCUUUUUUUUUUUUUUUUUGUUUUCCUUCUAUCCAUCGAUCCCUUCUCCGUCUCGAUUAACCGGAGUGGAAUUUUCUUUUCUUCGAUUUGGCUAGGAUUUGUUCCUGUUCCACUACCUCCACACACGUUCCUUAUUUAUUGUUCUUUCCAAUCUCACGAUCUGCGGAUUUUCGGAUUGUACUGGAUUUUUUGAAUCUGAGACUGAGAGGUGUCCUUCAUUUGCUUUUGGUGGAAUUCGAGGUACUCUCGGGGAAUUCGAUCGUGUUUUUGUUGACUGUUCAUUUAUUUAGAAAGUGCUUUUAGAGAAGCUUCGACCUGCUUCGACAAAAUAGGGUUUUCUUCUUUAUAAAAUCAUCUCUUUCCGUAAUAAUUUUUCUGGAUGCAACUGAGGCGCGUGAAAAUAAGUUGCUCGGCAAAGUUAUCGCCAUGCAGGAAAGAGCCGGGUUUUCAAAUCUCACCAGCUGCUGAUUACAUGUUGGUUGAACUAUGUGAUAUGGUCUGUACCACUUCCUUCAUCAAGUGGGUUUAGUUGAUUCCCCCUUGUUUUUGGUCAUUCUGUAGAAUGAAAAUGAAAACAGAACUUAUAGUUGGCAAAAUGAAUUCAAAAAUUGUAGUCCACGCUUAAGUUGAAGUGGGAGUGCUUUAAAGCAAGUUUAAAUAUUUUAGCAGAAGAAAUGUCUAAAGAGGUUGAGUUCAGGAGGUCACCGAGUCCCGUUGCUAAAUUGAUGGGUCUGGAUGGGAUGCCAGUGCCGCAUCGACAGUCGUCUUAUAAACAACAGAAGACGGCUUCACCUGAAAAGUCUCAGAGGGGACUUACAGCUGACGACAAUCAAUUGUAUGCACGGAGUUCGAGGCGGCAGCAAAAAUUUAAGGACGUGUUUGAGGUACAGGAAACAUCAAUGAAAGGUAGCAGCAGUUUCUCAGUACCCAAGAAUUCAAAUCUGAAGCCUUCUCGGACAGAGAUGGAAUUCAUUCAGAAGAAGUUCAUGGAUGCCAGACGUCUCGUAACAGAUGAGAAGCUACAGGGUUCCAAGGAAAUUCAUGACGCACUUGAAGUAUUGGAUUCAAACAAGAAACUUCUAGUGAAAUAUCUCCAGCAGCCAGAUUCUCUGUUCAUGAAGCAUCUUCUUGACAUAAAUGAUGUUCUUCCUCACUCAAGUUGUAUUCAUAUGGCACCUUCAAAAUCAUCAGAUGAUGAGAAUCAUGGGUGCCACAAAUCCGGUAGGAAGUUAGCGAGGAGAAAUCCACGGAAGAAGCACAGAAAAUCUCGCAAGCAUUGUAGCAGUCAUGUCAGCCCCUCUGAUUCUAAUUAUGUAGCUAAAUGUCCUGUUAAAAGUUCUAGAAUUAAAUUAGAGGACGAGGAAAGUUUGUCUAUCUUCCCGAAAAGAAUUGUUGUUUUGAAGCCAAAUCUUGGGAAACCGCAAAAUUCUUCCGGUACACCGUCCUCACAUUCUUUUCAGUCUGGCUGUAGGAAGCCAUCAGAAUUUGAAAGGAUAGAGAUCAGGGGGAUGGAAACUUUGAGGACAAAGAAUCAUGAUGACGGCCUAGGGGUAUCAAGUCAUGAGGUUAGACCUUCUAAAGAAGUUUCCAAGAAAACUAAGAAAGUGAGAGAGAAUUUUGAAUAUAGUUCCAUGAGUUCAUCACUUGGAACAGCAAGACAUGAUAGGAAUGGAUGUCCUUUUAUUGGGAAUGAUUCGGAGGCUGGGAAAUGCAAUUCCAGCAAUAUGUUUGGCUUAAAUGGUCAACUCCUGUCUUCAUCUUUUCGUUACAAAAAGUCAUCCUUGAGUGCAGAAGCUAAGAAGAGACUAUCAGAACGGUGGAAAACUACUUGUGACUACCAUAACACGGGUGUGGUUAGUAGGAGUUGCACACUGGCUGAGAUGCUUGCCAUGCCCGAGAAGGAAACUGCACCUUCACAUAUGGAACCAAGGCAUUGGGGAGAAUCCAGCGGCAAAAAUUUUAAUGACCAGCGCAUUGAACCUUUUGGCAUAAGUAGUAGGGAUGGCUGGAAGGACAUCAGCUUAGAAAAGUUAUCUAGGUCAAGAUCUCUUCCUGCCUCAUCAACUUCCUUUGAGAUUCUUAAAACAAAUUCUGAAUCUCUGAGGAUGGAUCCACUGGCGAUACCAAAAGAGCCCUUCAAGUGGGAAAGAAAGGAGGCAAUUAGUGAGAAUUUGUGCCUAAGGGAACAUAUAGGCCGCAGAAAUUCCAGACAUAGGAGAAGAAAAUCUCAUGGUUCUAUCUGUUCACUUGAGGAAUUUAAUGACCCUGUACUGGAGAUUUGCACUAGCCAGAAUCAAGAUAGUGAUUUUAAAGACAACGAACCAGCCGAUAGGAAUCUUCUGGUUGUCAAAGAAUCAAUAAAUUUCCCAGUUCAGGACCAAACUGAAGUUCUUGAAAAUUGGAUGGAUUUGAGAGUGAAAUCUGAAGAGGCGAUUGUCUCUUCGAAUGAGGAACUUCAACUUGAAUUGUCUGUUCAUUCAGUGGUAGAAGAUAUUUCUCUAUCUGGGGAUCAGGACUGUUUUAUCUCUAAGGGAUUGUCACCAGAAGGAUCCGAAGAUAUUUCAUUCCAAUUGAAAUCUGUAUCUGGAAUAGAAUCUCCUGUAAGCUCAAAGGAGGCUGAGCAGCCCAGUCCAGUUUCAGUUCUAGAACCUCCUUUUACAGAUGAUCUACCACCUGGUUCUGACUGCUUUGAGAGUCUUAGUGCUGACCUCCUUGGGCUUCGAAUGCAACUCAAGUUACUCAAGUUAGAGACAGAAGCUUUCACUGAGUCUGAAGAAACACAGCACAUCUCGAGUGAUGAAGAUGGAGAGGAAGGUUCCGUCGGGUCUCCAGAGGAUAAAUAUACACCCAAUGGUGAAGAUAGCUGGGAGAUUUCAUAUCUAACUGAUGUUUUACAAAGCUCGGCUUUUAAGGAUACUGAACCGGACAUUUUUGUCGCAAUGUGGCACUCUCUGGAAUGCCCUGUUGAUCCAUCUACAUUUGAGUAUCUUGAGAAGAAGUACGCGGUUAGGUCUUCUCAACCAAGGUCAGAAAGAAAGCUACUUUUUGACUGUAUAAACUUAGGAAUUUUGGAUAUUUACCAAAAAUUCACUGACCCUUAUCCAUGGGUAAGGCCCCCAACAAUUCAAGUAGGGUAUAGUGAAGGGCUUUGCAAUAAUUUGUUUAAGUUUCUAGCUAAGCAGCAAGUGAAGAAAGUAGAUGAAGACAUUGUAGAGAAAGUGGUGGGCAGGACGAGUCAAUGGUUAGUGUUGGGGUAUGAUGUUGAUGUAAUAGGCAAGGAGAUUGAGAGACUAGUGGUAGAUGAACUCAUAACUGAGGUAGUUGACAUGUAUUUAUAGAUUAUGUAGCUUUGAUGUUGAAAUAAGAUAUUAUAGCCUUUAAACAAAA